AUGGAGAUUCUAGGUUUGCGUAUAAGACAGAAUUUAGCGCCUGGAUACGUAGAUUUGAUCACUAACCCAGCACGAUCUGUGAGUUGGCGUAAGUCCGAAUUGAGAACUGAAAGGGGAGAUCAUUGGAGGCUGAUAUAUUCCAGUAAUUUCACUAAAGAGGAUUCAAGUUGCGUAUCUCAGUGCAUACGUCAAAAGCUGUUGUCUACAUCUAUGGGAAUUGAAGUUUCCGAAGAAAUUGUCACAGGUAAAAUUUUAAGUGGUAUAGUUGCAAACACUGAAGGCUCCCGCACUUCUGUAAACUACCAAAACUAUUCAAAUGAGUCUCCUUCAUCUUCAUAUAAAACUGUAGGGGUGCUUCGAAUCGACCUUGUGAGGUCUUUUUUCGAUGCCCUAUCUGGCGGGGGGAAUACGUCACUUCUCAAUAUGUCUCAACAUUGCGGUAACGAAAAAAGAAAAGAUGAUAAUCUUUACAAUGACGAGAAGCCUAUGACGGAUAAAGGAUACGCUGCCAUUCGUAGAACCUUAUCACCAAAGAAGAUAGGCGAUCAUAAUGGCCUUAGGGGAAGGAUCUCGACACAGGAUUACGACUCUGACGCAAAAGUCGGGCCUUUGCAAUCAAAAGAUGUAUCAUGGCCUGAAACGCGUGGAUCGAGUAAAAUUGAUGUUCCUAUGAUCAAUGAGGUUAACAGCUACAGCGCAACAUCGUGGCAAUUUGACAACGCGAGUAAAAAGAAAUCGCUGGCUCAUCCUGAACUACAUAAGCUUCCAGGUGAUUCUUCGUCUGAAAGAUCUCUGGAACCUGUCAAGAAUUGCCACCCAGAUUCCGCGCCAGCGGCUGAUGCAAGCAGAACUUAUGAAUCAACACGCGAUGCGAACGUUGUUCGACCUGAGAAUUCCACUGGUUUGCAGUGCUUGAAAACAAUGAUGGUCAAGUAUAAAAGUGUUUUGGAGACAAAGAGCGACCAUGGUGAAGCUCAUCUUUAUGGCCAACGCAAAAACGAUAUGAACACUUAUGCGCGAAUGUGUUGGCACAAGAUAACAUUCGAUGACUGUAGGCGUACAAAAAAGUGA